UGAUCAUCCCUCUCAGAAAACAGUUAAAUACUUUGUUCAGAAGGUAGCACAGGGCUCUCUCUUCCCUCCCUCCAUGCAUUUAUGAUCGAUGAGCUUUGGUUCCACCCAGUCACGAGUCAUCAUGAAUAUUCAUCGUUAGCCAGAGGCCAUCUUCAUCGAUCUGGGUUCUCAUUUCCAGAAAUGGAGGCUCAGCGGUUGAGAGAGCUCAUGUCCCUCUGGUCUACUCUGCAAUCUACUCGUGUGGCCCUUGUGGGUGGAAAUCACACCGCCUCUCGAUUUUGCACUCGCUAAUUCAUCCCUAUCUCUUUUUUCUCCCUCCUCCUCUCUUUCUCUCGUUUCCAUUUUGUUUCUUCAUACUGCAGUUUCUUUUACCCACCACACCUAAUUUCUGUGGCUAACGUUUAACUUGUUUCAAUUUCACAUUUAUUAGAUACGGCCUGGCCCAUCUAACAUGGCCGUCGAUCCGGCCUCUACUUUCCCUUCCCGAUCAAAACCUUGCUAUUUGAUCAUUACACUUACUAGCUACGAAAUCAUGAAGGCCCUGUAUCGCCUCGUCACAUUUUCCUUACUUCUUGUUUCUUUCACAUACGUCAGUUCAUUCGUUACUGAUAAACACCCUUCUUCAUCGAUCACCCAUUAUGAGCAAUCCGUCGUGUCCGCUUCAGAUUCCGUCAACCUCGAUCAGCUUAUCUCUGUGUUCUUCCGCGACUUGACCAAUGAAGGUCUCAUGAAGAGAGAAUAUCAGAAAUCGGUUUUCCUCACCAACGCCGUAGAGCAAAACCUGAUCACUGGGGCUCGGGGUCUCGCCGAUUACAACAUCGACCUCAUUGCUCUCAGUGAUUUGGAGAAACAGAGCUCUGUUCUUGACAGAACGGUCGAUUUCAUCUUCACCUUUAAUUUCCAGGAAGCUUCGAGAUUCAUCGACCGGACUCUGAAAACCGGUGGGGUUGUCACCGUUCUUCUGAAUGACAGUCCCUCAGCUGCAUUCUACAAGCCUGCCAAUUACGAAAUCGCAUAUAUGAGGCGGUUUGACUUGAUUGCGGUCGCUAUGUGGAAAACCAGCAUCACACAAACAAAAUCCGAAAACCAUAGAAAAUUGCUGUCGGGGCAUGCUUCAGAGGCCAAAAAAGCGGCGUUGCUGAAACUAGAAGACGUUCUCUUGGAGCCUCCACGAUCGGCAUCGAAGAAGUCAAGCCGGUAUUUGAAACGCACGAGAUACCUUCCGGAUUUGAUGGGAGAUUCUCUGGAGAGCUACCCCCGACGGGUUUUCAUCGAAGUGGGAUCGCCAGAGAAAGACGAAGGGAGCAAAAGCGACUGGUUUUCGAGGAAUUACCCGACAAGAAACAAAGAUUUCGAGAUGUACAAAAUCGAGACAGUAACAGGGGAGUCAUCGGGGAAGGAAGUGCCCCAAAUCGGGAUGUCGGAUUGGUUGAGGAGGAACGUGAAGGAGGAAGAGUACGUAGUGAUGAAAGCAGAGGCAGAAGCAGUGGAAGAGAUGGUGAGGAGCAAAACGAUAAGGUUAGUGGAUGAGCUGUUCUUGGAAUGCAAGCCAGAGUUAGGGAAGAAAGAUGAGAGCAAGAGUCGAAGGGCUUAUUGGGAGUGUUUGGCAUUGUAUGGCAAGUUGAGAGACGAAGGUGUGGCAGUGCACCAGUGGUGGGGAUAGACAUUGCGAAAAAGAGAGAGAGGAUGCGUAGAUAGAAGAGAAGAUUUCAUGUUCUGAGAGCAAAUUAAUGGUGGUCCUAGCAGUCAACUAUAUUCGAUCGAGCGAGGAAGGAGAUUUAAGGUUGAUGGAGUCCUGGAGAUGAUGAUUGCGGUCGUGACACUGCUGAGGAGGGAAGUAAGGAGGGUUUGAGGGGUGACUUGUGUAUAAACACUGCGAAACAAAAGAAAGCAGCUUGUUUUUCUGGGGACAUACUUAAAGAGCAUGGUGCUGCUUAUUUUCUCUCUUGAGGAAGGGCAGAUAUAUAUAGUUAAGACCAAUCUAUUUUGCAGCUUCUAUAAUCUACCUCUAAUCACUGUUAUCUAUCAAAAGCUGUUAAUUUA